AUGGAAGACGACACAAGCAUCGCCUGCCAGCACAACGAUUCUCCCGUCCCGGCCUCAUCGCACCGACGAGCUUCCUCCGGCUCGGGCCUGCUCUCGCGGCUCCCGUUCUUGAGACCACCAGCCGACGCCAAGCUGCGUCCGGAAGCCGACGAUGAGGACGUGCCUGCUGCCCCCUCUCCCGCCGUCUCUGUCCCCGUCCAGCAGCACAGGCCGCGGCGACGAAGAGGAUCCCUUAGAAAGGUGGCGCUUCUUGGAAGGGGGGCCCAGCGCGACAAGAGAGACGACAAAUACAUGGCCAUGGACUCGGGGCUGGCAGCCGAUGCCGACCCAGAACCUUUGUCUCCCGGCAGCUCUGCCAUGGCCGAGCACGAUGCGCUGGGUCUCAAGAUUGCCGGGCCCCCUCAACCGGCGCAGGACCAUGGCCAGCCGAGCCAGACUGCUUCCGAGAGGUCGACCUUGUCAUUGGCGUCAGCGACGGGUACUGCAACAGUCUCUCAAGCCGACGGAGACGGAGAACGGGCUCAUGUCUAUGCUUCGACCACGGAUGAGGAGGAUAUGCUUCACAUGCCCUCGGCCUCGCCGCCGGCACGAGCCUCCCUGUCCAUGUCUUCAGGGUCCGAGUCUUACUUUGCGACUCGCGGCGCCGCAAACCGCCAGCGGUCGUUCCAGCAAGCCAAGUCGCCCUUGUCGUAUAGCGGCAUCUCCACAAAUGCCCUUCCGCCCCCCGACUCGGGCAGCGAUUACACAGAGACGGAGUGGUGGGGCUGGGUCGUACUCACAGUCACCUGGUUCGUCUUUGUCAUGGGCAUGGGCUCUUGUCUCGACGUCUGGAGCUGGGCGUGGGACGUGGGGAAGACGCCGUACGCGCCACCAGAGCUCGAAGACGACCCAACGCUGCCUAUUGUCGGAUACUAUCCCGCGCUCAUCAUCAUGACGGGAGUCAUGGCGUGGGUCUGGGUGGUGGUGGCCUGGGUGGGCAUGAAGUACUUUCGACACGCCAAGAUUAGCGGGGACUGA